UCGCGACCACUACACUACAUCUAUUUUAAUUCAAUAAAGUGCUACGUAACAUCUCAGUUGGAUAGUUUGAUAUACAAGGGAUGAUAGCCGCUCGAAAACCUUGGAUGUUCCGUUCGGCGUUGUAACAACAUGACAUGAAUGCGUCAAAAAUGGAGCGGCCGGGGCGAAGAACGAAGGCGGGAUCGCUCAGCGGGCUGUCAGGAGGAUUUCCCAGCGCCGUUCCCAACACGGGCAGUGUCCGGCGUCAGCGGUCGCUCGAGUGGAGCGGUGAUAGGUACAGCAGCAGUGACGACGAUCGUCCGCAGAAACCACCGCAGUUGGAUGACAGAGUGUUCGCCUCCCUGCUGGCUCAAGCGACGCACCAGUUUGACAGUGAACAACGACGAAUAUACGGUUCGGAGGGCGGCGAGGAACCACCUCGAUUCCUGAACAGCCCGCAAAGACAAGCAUCACCGUUCCCCAUUGAAAGCACUAAUCGACGCUUUUAUAGGAGAAAUAGAAAUUCCAAAGGUGAAGAGAUAUUUAACAACGAGGGCGGUGGCACAUUAUCACGGCGCAAUCGGCGACAGGAUGAAUUUCAGCAUGACAGCAAUGGCCGCGGGCCCAGGAUCUGUCAUAUAAAUGGUCCAACAAGCGGUCAGGGCGAGCGCGAGUGCGAGUCACCGCCCGAGCCGGCACCCCCGGAGGUUCCCCCGCGGGGCCCCUCGCUGCACGUCACGCUGCGGCACCGCGCGCCGCCCGACCAGCCCGCUGACGCUGACCGACUGUUCCUGUCUGAAGAAUUCGUGAUGUCUGAAGGUGGUCACGGGCCUGGCGGCAACUACCCCGCACGGUCACCUCUGUCCACCUCCACUACGGGUCACUCCAGCUCAAGCCAUCACAGCAAGCGGAGUGAAACGCUCGUGAAGGUAUUCAUGGUACGGCCACUGUAA